ACGAGCGAUCACUACCAAUUCUUCUCCCGGCCUAUCAUAUUCACCGACUGUUCCAUGGGGAAUCUGCAGGCACCGCUCCCGGAGGGCUUCAUCUCCCUGCCUGUUGUCGACUUCUCCCUCAGCCGCGAAGAGAUUAGCCGCGCCAUCCUCGACGCCGGCAAGGACAUCGGUUUUUUCCAGGUGAUCAACCACGGCGUCCCAGAGCAGGUGAGGCGGGACAUGGAAGCAGUGUGCGAGGAGUUCUUCGCGAUGCCGGCCGCGGACAGGGAGUCCUUCCACUCAGAUGACAAUCUGAAACCCAACCGGUUCUUCACAGGAUCCACUUACAAGAACAGCGGCGCCAAGUUCUGGUUCGAUUGUCUCCGCCUCUCGUCGACGUUUCCCAUCGGUGACAGCAAGAAGGAUUGGCCGGAGAAGCCCGAGAAGCUCCGGGAGGUUUUCGAGAGGUUCGCUGUGCAUACGCGAGGCAUGGGCGAUGAGCUGCUGCGGCUGCUGAGCGAGGGCAUGGGGCUCCAGCCUGACUAUUUCGAGGGUGAUCUCGGCAGCGGCAAUAUGAACCUGACCCUGAACCAGUACCCACCGUGUGGAGACCCUGAAGGAGUUGGCCUACCGCCGCACUGUGACCGCAACCUACUCAGCCUUCUCAUCCCUAGCACCGUUCCCGGUCUCCAGUUCUCUUACAAAGGAAGCUGGUUCACUGUGGAGACCAUGCCUAAUGCCUACAUCGUUAACUUUGGCCUCCCGCUCCAGGUUGUGACCAAUGGGAUGCUCAAGAGCAUAGAGCACAGGGUGGUGACCAACCCCAAGGAGAGCCGGAGAUCAGUGGGGGUGUUCAUCACACCGGCGUGGGAUUGCCUCAUCAGCCCCGCCGAGGAGUUCCUUAGCAAGGAAAGCCCACCAAUCUACCAUGCCGUCACGUAUCGUGAGUUCUAUGACAUGCACGGAGUUGUUAAGGACGGAUUGUCAAGCGUACUCACCAUCAGCCACAAGACAGCAAUAUGAUGCGCAAAAAUAGAUGUGAUUUAUUCCCAUUUCCACCCGUCAUGUCUUUGUAAAAGGCCGUGGAUACCAGUUACAUCUGAUUCUCAGAUGUAAUACAAAUGUAUUGUGAUGAUCGUGUGAUGCAAUAAAACCACAAAUAAUGGA